UAAACACAAGCCCUGGAUGAAAAUCGGGAUGAAGACGAAAAUAGAGCAGUGACACCGCGCAUGUCAGCCGUUCCUGUCAGAUCAGAAAUGGCGACCACCUUGCUCUGCCGCUUGACGGCUAACAUUAGAAACUCUGGCGUCAGAACUACCGUCGGCUCCUUUUCCAAGGUUCUACCUGGGUCCUUGGGGGCGUUUGGAUGUCAUGUCUUCCAGCCUCUGCCUCCAAACCAGCUGCAGCAGCAGAGAAGCCUGUCUCUACAUGAAUAUAUGAGCAUCGGUCUUCUGAAGGAUGCAGGCAUCUCUGUGCCUGCUGGCCUAGUAGCCAACUCCUCUGAUGAGGCCUAUUCAGUAGCUAAGCAAAUAGGUUCCAAGGACCUGGUGGUGAAAGCUCAAGUCCUGGCUGGAGGCAGAGGGAAGGGGACAUUUGAAGGCGGGCUGAAAGGAGGUGUUCGGAUUGUAUAUUCGCCGGAAGAAGCCCGGGACAUUUCAUCCCAAAUGAUUGGUAGAAAACUGUACACGAAGCAAACUGGGGAGGCAGGUCGCAUCUGCAACCAGGUUUUCAUCUGUGAGCGCCGAUAUCCACGCAGAGAGUACUACUUUGCUAUCACCAUGGAAAGGUCCUUCCAGGGCCCAGUACUAAUUGGAAGCUCCCAAGGUGGUGUGAAUAUUGAAGAUGUUGCUGCAGAAAACCCUGAUGCCAUUGUGAAGGAGCCUAUUGACAUUGUGGAGGGUAUUAAGAAGGAGCAGGCUGUCAAGGUGGCUCAGAAGAUGGGGUUUCCUCCGGCUCUUGUGGACGAGGCUGCAGAGAACAUGAUCAGACUGUACAAUCUCUUCAUCAAAUAUGAUGCUUCCAUGGUGGAAAUCAACCCUAUGGUGGAGGACUCCUCUGGCAUUGUCAUGUGCAUGGAUGCCAAGAUCAACUUUGACUCCAAUGCAGUUUACCGCCAAAAGAAGGUCUUUGAUAUGCAGGACUGGACUCAAGAGGACCCCAGAGACCGACAAGCUGCUAAGGCUGACCUUAACUACAUUGGCUUGGAUGGAACCAUUGGCUGUCUGGUAAACGGAGCUGGUCUGGCAAUGGCUACAAUGGACAUCAUUAAACUACAUGGGGGUACACCAGCCAACUUUCUGGAUGUUGGAGGAGGAGCCACAGCCCACCAGGUGACAGAGGCCUUCAAACUCAUCACAUCUGACAGAAAGGUUCAAGCCAUCUUGGUCAACAUCUUUGGAGGUAUCAUGCGGUGUGAUGUCAUUGCCCAGGGCAUCAUCAUGGCUGUGAGGGAUCUGGACCUCAAGAUUCCCAUCGUAGUGCGAUUACAGGGAACCAGAGUGGAUGAUGCCAAAGCACUCAUUGCUGCCAGUCCACUGAAGAUACUGGCAUGUGAUGACUUGGACGAAGCAGCCAAAAUGGUCGUCAAGCUUUCAGAAAUUGUAUCGCUGGCCAAAGAAGCUCAAGUGGACAUCACCUUCCAGUUGCCCAUCUAAGAAAUGUUACACCACCAUGACGUCCUCACCACAAGCACUUCCUCCUUCAGUUGGUCACUUCUGCAGUAGCUCCUCACGACUUGCAACACUUCUUAAGCCCUUCUUCCUCCUUUGUUGGAAUAAUUGGAUGACUGGACACACUUCAUUACCAUUGCAGGAGAGAAUACCUGGCACCACUGUACCUAAACACCUAGCAGUUGAAACAAGAGGUCAGGAGAUGAGGCAGAAGAAGUUGGUCCUAAACCUGAUUUGGUUUUGAAAACAACAUUACAUUUCCUUGAGGUAUAUGACACUUGUUUCACUGAGAGAAGAUGAAACUUGGAAGCAGGUUUUGUGGUAUGAAGUCCUCGUCGCUGCACCUCUUUUAUUUAAUUCAACUGCUUUUUGCACGCCCAUGUAUCUGCUCUUCCUCAUAUGAUUUACUUUGGCUCAUAAUAAAGCAGGCUUGUGAAUAAUUUCCUGCUUCGUGUACAGUGGUAUCAACUCCUCAUUAGUUCACUUUACUAUCCUCUUCUAGUGGCCCUGCAGAAGUAAGAGGAAGGUCUGUGGAGUCUAAUUGUUCUCUCUGCCUGUGUGAGACUCAGUGUGACCCCACCAUCCUUGCACACAUGACCUGAUUGUUUUACAUUUUGGUCACAUAUGUCUUCUUCAAUGUCCUGGAGGACAUGGUGAGUUGUAUGUCAGUUAUUAAAUCUUGUAAAUAACUAAUUUUGAUGUCCUUUCAAAUUUGAUGUUGAAGAAAGUACAUUAAAAGAACAUCAGUGUGA